AUGUCCUCAGAACCAUCCGCACCAUCGAUAUCUCCCGAACACCCUCUCACUGGCGGGUGCUUCUGCGGUGCACUCAAAUACGCGCUCAGUGCUCCACCCAAACUGAGCGGCUACUGUCACUGUACCCAAUGCCAGCGGCUGAACGGAUGUCCCUUCGUGCACACCAUUCACUUCCCCACAACCGCAUUCACCUGGACGUCCUCCACCGCUGCCGACCGACACGAAUUCAAUAACCCGACCAAGCCACACAAGACGCGAGUGCGUUGCGCAACAUGCGGAUGCUGUGUUGCAUCGCACAACUCCAAGACGGGAAGUACGAGCGUGUGGGGCGCGCAGUUACACCGGGAGGAGGAGGGGAAGAUCAUGCGAUACGAUCAAGUGAAGCCGGUUGGACAUAUGUUCUAUGGGACAAGGAUUGUGAACGUCAAAGAUGGACUGGGGAAGUGGGAGGGCUAUCCUGAACAGUCGGCGCGUAUGGAUGAAACCUAG